AUGAAGUCAAGCAGUCGAAAGCCGUCGUCUAAUUCGCUACUUGGUGACAAGCGCUCACCGCCAGUGACUGCCAAGUCACGACGCAAAUCAAACACUGGAACCCACGGAAAUGGAGCUGCAACUUACAGCAAUUCUGACUAUGAUCAUGGACGUCAAGUUACUCCGCAGAUCCUCCCAGCGGGGGGUACAGAAUUUCUGCUUCAGCUUCAGCAGCUUCAACAACAGCAAAAUCUCGCAGCGUUUUGCUAUCCAGGAGCAGGGCCGACUAUUCCUCACACUUUGCCACUGGGACCAAACACAUAUCCAUCCACAGCCUUCGGAGGACUUCAACAGCAGCAGUACUUGUCUACACCAGGCAAUUCUACGCGAGAAACGUGGGGUGGUCCACCAAGUGAGAAGAGUGGCCAGGUUCUUGAACAACUUGGAUCGGUGCUUCAACAAAUGAAACAAGAAUCCGAAGGAUCAGCCGCUGCGUGGCGUGAAAAACUCGCAGAGACUGCACAACUGACGGAUCAACUCGCUCAAGUUCGAGAGCAAUUCAACGCCGCUACUAAUAAGGAACGUGCUACUAGUGAAGAACUUGUACGUGCCCAAGAAGCGCUUAAAAUACUGGAAGCUGAAGCAGCAGAGAAUGCGAAUCGCCAUCGUGAAGAAUUGUCAAUGAUGAACGACGAAGUUCAAAGACAACAACGAAGUGCCGAGGAGAUGCGUGAGAAAUAUGAAGCAGCACUUAACGAAGUGCAGAAUGAAUUACAGAACGUUCGUACUCAGUAUGAGGAGCAACAACAAGUUCAAAGUGAAGAAUUUCAAGCUGAACUAGCCAAAUUUCAACAAACUCAUGAAGCGAAAACUAAGGAAUUGGAAAAUCAACAUACAACAGAGCGUGACAAGAUGCUUGAAAAACUAAAUGAACUGGAACAGGCAAAGGAGGAGCUUGGGCAGCAUCUGUGGAAUGCAACUAAAGAGAUUGAGGCCGCUACUCAACGAGAGCAACGGCUACAGUCACAAGCUCAGGAAGCUCAAAAUGAUCUUGCGCGUAUGCAAGAAGCCGCUAUGUCACGCGAACGCGAGCUACAGAUGCAGUCAGAAGUUCAACGUAAUCAACUUCUUGAUGAACUGAAGAAACAGUUGGAAGCUGCAACAUCAACUAUCAACGAAGAGCGAGCUCAAAAGGAAGAGCUCAAUGCUCUCAUGAUCACUGAAGUGUCUAAAUUCCAAGCUCAGCUGGAGCAAAUGAGUCAACAACAUGCAGCAGCACUUGCUGAGCGUGAAAAACAAGCAGAAGAAGAGCGAGUUCAAGCUCUGGAGCUCCGAGAAAAAGCCCAACGCGUUGUACGCGAGGCUCAGGAUGAACUCCGUGAUCUUCGUGCUGAGUUACAAAACACUAAAGCUGACAAAGCUCGUCUCGAGGCACAGGGAUCCGCUGAGAACGGUACACUACAAGAGCUUAAUGAGCAGCUGCGAGAGACUGCAGGUCAACUCGAAGACUCCAAUACUCAGCUCCAGCAGCUUUCAAGUCGGUGUAAAACUGCUGAACGACUGACUCGCCAAUGUCUUGACCUCAUCACGCAGACUCCAGUCCCCAAGUCAAACUCAGACGAAGAAGAGAACGAUGCAAAUUCAGAUGGAAAUGAAGACCUGUUGGCACAAUUGCCAUCGGUGUUUCAAGCGCUCAAGCAGCUCACGAAAGCCUCAAGUGCAAUUGAGCCGUUGCAAUUAAAAGUUCUUCGUUUACAGCAAGAAAGAGAUAGUGAUCGCGAGAAGUUUAAAGCGCGUGAGCAGGAACUUCAAACGCAGUUGCAACACGCUCAGCAAGAAGUGGAAUCUGCGAGACAAGAUGCUAAAACGUUAGCAGAGGAACUGGCGAAGCUUUCUCAAGCUGCCGGCGGACAAGAAGCGCAACUGACUCGUUCAAACGAGCAACUUCGCCAACAAGUUCAAGAGCUCGAACAUCUCCGAUCUGUUGGUGCCUCUCAACUCCUACAACUUCAGAAAGUAUUAGACGCACAGCGUGCUCGAAGUGCCGCUCUUGAAGCCGAAAAGCGAGAUCUUUUGUCUGAAGCCGAGCAGCUCAAUGUCAGUCUGGAAACUCAAUAUCGAGCUGUGAAUGACAAGCACUUAGAACUGGAACAACUGCGUGGGUCGUAUCGAGAACUUCAGCUUACGCAUGGGGAUCUGCAAGAAACUCAUUCAGAUUUGGAAGAAAGUGCCAGAAGAACGAAUGAAAAUCUCGCUACGCAGUUGCAACACGCUCAGGAGGAAAUGAAAACAAAAGUACGAGAGAUAGAAGAACUCCGAAGUGAACUAGAAAGAUCUACACAGAGUUUAAGUGAAGAGAGAGACGAGUUAGCACGGACUCGGGAAACAGAACAGGCUCAGCGGUCACAUAGCGAGCAGGAAUUGUCCCGCGCGUUGGAGGAAAAGACCCAGCGACUUGAAGAGAUGCUUACUAUGCUCACUCAUCUACAGAACAGAGUGGAGCAUCUAGAACAAGCUAGAUCCCAAGAAACUGAGCUUGCUAGGCAGCAACGCGAUACACUUACACUCCAAUUAUCCGAGACGCAACAAGCUCAAACACGAGCGGAAAACGCGUUGGCAGCAGCUCUUCAAGCACAACAGGAGACUCAAGCUCAAGCACGAUUCGAGGUGGAGCAGCUUCGGGCGACACUCACGCCACAAUUUGCAGAGCUGGAAGCGCAAAAGGAGUCGCAAGCUGCUGAACUGCGUCGAUUGGAAGCGGAACUUGAGCGCGCUUCACGUAGUAAACAGUCAUUGCAGUUAGAACUUCAGAGAGCGGCGGACGAUGCUCAAGACGCACUACGAGCCGUUGAAGUUGCUCGUCGAGAUGCACGAGCACAAGCUGAGCAGUCAGGAGAGGAGCUCGAGAGACUUCGACAAGAGCUAGAGGCUCUACGGAUUGAGAGCCAAGAGAGCGCAGCGUUGUCGGAAGAGCUGCAGAACAAGAUCACUACGAUCCAAAGUGCAGCGAAUGCCACGAUUGAUGACCUAGUGUCGGAGUUACAAGGCGCUCAGGACGCUCUUGAACUCGAACGAGCUCGUGUGAAGAAAGAGAAGGAUGCUAGUGGAACUCGCUCUCAGCUACGAGAGCUUGAAGAGCAGAUACGCACACGAGACGCGCAACUUCGUGAAAUUCGAGAUGAAUCUACCAGUACACAAGAACAACUGGAAGAGCGCUUAAGUGAAUUAGAGUUGCGGCUGCAACGCACGACAAACACUCUUGAAAGCAAAAAGCAAGAGUGUGAUGCAAAAGGUCGUGAAAUGGAAACAUUAUCACGUCGAGCUGGGGAGGCCGAACGCAAAUUAUCACCAUUGAUUGCCGCUCGAGAUGCACUUCAAGCCAAAGUGAACGAGUUGAAGCAAACUUUAGACACAAAGAUGCGUGAAGCUCAGGAUAAUGAAGAGAAAGCUCGUGAUGAAGUGCUUCGGGUUGCACGAGAACGUCGUGCGCUUGAUGCCCAGAUCGCAGAGCUUCGUGACGAAAAUGAAGCUUCGCAACAGCAGGUAGGACGCGCACAGCGUGAAGUACAGGCGAUGAAGCAGGCUCUAGAGCGGGUAAAAGGAGAACUCAGUCGGACAGGGACGGAGCUUAGAGCAGCAACGCAGAGACUGGAGGGUGUACAGCAGGCCGCAAAUCAAACGAUAGCCGACGCCACUUCUCGAAUGCAGGCAGCUCAGCAACAAGGUGAACGUACAGCAGCUCGAUUGCAACAAGAACUUGAUCUGGAGCGUGAACGUCGCCGCGAGGCUGAAGUGCACCGAGCUGAGCUACAACGCACAUUACGACAGCAAGUUCAGUCGCCAGCAUUGCCAACUGGUUCGAGGAGUGACGAUAGUAACAACCAAACACAUAUCAACUCGGUGAACGAUGUCACCUCGAGUCCUGAGCUAGCAGAUCAACCGUCCUCUGGUGGCAAUGCUGAGUACCGCAAAUUUUACGCAAACGAGCCGCUUACAUCAGCUGAAUUGUCGAGUUUGCCUAUGGCAGUCAUCAAGGCUCAACUAGGACUCGAAUUUAGCCAAGGCAGUAAUUCUUCCGCUGCAAAUACAAAGUCCAAAAGUGCGAGCAAGUCGAAGAUUCAACAGCAGCAGAAGGGACGAUACGCUGCAAGUAAGGACAAUCAUGUUGACGACGAUGACGACACCAUUCCUCUUCUUCCACUUGAAAAACUGCCUUUCUCACCGGAGGCGGAAGGACGAGAUAGUGCACCAAACAGUCCAAAUGAUGCUGCUCCUAGCGACGGUCGUUCAAGUUCUUCGCAACUACGGAGUGCACGCAGUAUGCCGUGGUCAGAGCGAUCGAGUGGCAACAGCUUUUCGUUUUCUAGGAACAACGCUGCGUCCCCUGCAACCAGCAUUAGCAGCACUCCAUCAACUCGCAAGAAUUCAUCGUCAAGUACCAGCACCAAGAAGAAGAAAACAAAAGAAUCUCGACCUGUUGGACUACCUUCAGCAUCGGGAAUGCCCUACAGCAACACAUCAUCCAGUCUAUCCCCUACAAAACACCAAAAACCCAAAGCACGUGGCAAGCUCUUGCCUCGCAUAAGUCUGCAGUAAACAAUAGUUGAG